GUAGGAAAAAAAUAUUCUAUUAAAUUGCCAUGAUUACACGAUUCCUUCCAAAAUGGAAUGCUAUGGCAUCUAAACGGAUUCUGGUUCAGUAUCGUUCUAUACCAUCAAGACAAACGACUUCUCUUCCUAUGAUGACUCCCUUCAUAGCUAAACGUUUUAUGGCAACUGACUUCACAAAUCAUUCCUUUAUUGAAAAAAUAAAAAAAAAUCCUCAUAUUAUGCAGCGUCUAGUGGAUUUUACAAGUCUUUUACAAUCGAAAGGAUUUGAUGUAACAGGCAAACAACCUAGUUUUGCGCAGAUGUUAAAAAUCAUGAAUGAUCCUGAUAUAAAGGAAAGUAUACAAGUAUUACGUCAAGAUAUUCAGGCUGCUGGUAUUCAAUUCGAUUUAAAAACUAUUCAAGAAUUACAGGCUGGUUUGAAUAGUAUGGUGCAAACUUGA